GGCUUCGCGGGCACGGGCGGCAGCCGCGGCCGAAGCGGGCUCGCAGCCUGCGCCGCCGGGCCCCAUGGAGAAAGCGGCGGCGGGCAGCGAGGGUGGCGGCAGCAACAGCAGCAGCCGCAGUAGCAGCCGCCCUACGUCGGCGGGCUCUUCUCCCUCGUCGUCCUCCGCUAGCCGCGGGCUGCCGGGACGGGCGGCGGCCACGGGGAGGCUGGAUGGAGGUGGAGGGGCCGGCGGCGGCGGCAGUAGCCCCAGCUCGGCGGCGGCCAGCCCGGGGGGCGCGCAGGCGCCCGGUAGCGGCGGUGGCAGGCGGCGGGAGCCGGUGCUGGAAGGGACGCUGAGCAAAUACACCAACCUCUUGCAGGGCUGGCAGAGCAGGUACUUUGUGCUGGACUUCGAGACAGGGAUCCUGCAGUACUUUGUGAAUGAGCAAAGCAAAAGCCAGAAGCCACGAGGGGCCUUGUCUUUAGCCGGAGCCAUCAUCUCGCCCAGCGACGAAGUGCCGCACAUGCUGGUGGUCUACUCUGCCAACGGAGAGAUGUACAAGUUGAGAGCUGCUGAUGCAAAAGAGAAACAGUACUGGAUAACUCAGCUUCGAUCCUGUGCCAAACACCACAAGGAAGGUAAUUCUAAGAGCAUUUCAUCCUCACGAAGUAGAAGCUCAUCCCUGCUGCCACCUGGGACAGUUAGUGCUGCAUCUCCCAGCAGCCAGAAACACCUGAAUCAAAGUGGGCCAACUGUUGUAACCAUCACACAUCACAAGUCACCUGCAGCUGCUCGAAGAGCAAAGAGCCAACGUUCUGGUCAGCUCCAUGAAGUCAGGGAGAUCAUGAACCAAGUUGAGGGACAGCAAAAGAAUCUUGUACAAGCCAUCGAAGCUCUCCCAAGUUCUGGACCACUUUCUGCCUUGGAUCAGGACUUGCUGCUUUUAAAAGCUACCUCUGCUGCCACCCUGAGCUGCCUUGGAGAAUGCCUGACUCUGUUACAACAAAGCAUGCAUCAAGUGGGCCAGCACCAUAACAGGACACUGUCAUCAGAAGGUAUCCUGGGAUGGCCUGGGCCCAAGUCACACUCCACAGAUCAACUGAAAAAUGGUGCCCUCAGCUCCCUGUCGUCUGCUAGUGCCAACAUUACAUGGGCAAUAGUACCAUCUGUGGCCCAGGACGGACAGGCACUGCAGCCAAGCACAGAGCAUUCAGCUUCUGAGUUGAUCCUAGUCGAAGAUGAAAUGACAGAUACUGAAGAGAAUGAAGAGGAGGAUUUAGGAGUCAUGGAUGAUCAACGCAGUAUAAUUCUCCAUCUCAUCUCUCAGCUCAAACUUGGCAUGGACCUUACAAGGGUAGUGCUUCCAACAUUUAUUUUGGAGAAAAGAUCCCUGCUGGAGAUGUAUGCAAAUUUCAUGGCCCAUCCAGACCUGUUUUUGUCAAUUGCAGCUGGAGCCACUCCUGAGGAAAGAAUUAUCUGCUUUGUGGAGUAUUAUCUAACAGCUUUUCAUGAAGGCCGAAAGGGAGCAGUUGCCAAGAAGCCCUAUAACCCCAUCAUUGGCGAAACCUUCCAUUGCUCCUGGGAUGUGCCCAAAGAUAAAGUGAAAGCAUUCAGAACUAGUGCUGCCUCCGUGGUUUCUAAGGACCCAACCAAGGAGUCUGGCCAGGACCAGUCUGCCUGCUACAAGCUGAGGUUUGUGGCAGAGCAAGUGUCCCAUCACCCACCGGUGUCUUGCUUUUACUGCGAAUGCAGAGAGAAGAAAAUGUGUGUGAACGCUCACGUGUGGACCAAAAGCAAGUUUAUGGGCAUGUCAAUAGGUGUUUCCAUGGUAGGGGAAGGUGUUCUUUACUUGCUGGAACAUGAAGAGGAGUAUGUCUUCACCCUGCCUAGUGCCUACGCUCGCUCGAUACUUACUAUCCCAUGGGUGGAGCUUGGAGGGAAAGUCAACAUCAAUUGUGCCAGGACAGGCUAUUCUGCCACAGUCACCUUCCACACCAAGCCCUUCUAUGGAGGGAAGGUCCACAGGGUUACAGCUGAGGUGAAACACAACCCCACCAACACCAUUGUGUGCAAGGCACAGGGAGAGUGGAAUGGGACGCUGGAGUUUACUUACAGCAACGGAGAAACCAAAGUGAUUGACACCAACAAACUGCCUGUUACCAGGAAAAAGAUCAGGCCCAUAGCAAAGCAAGGCCCUCUGGAGUCCAGGCACCUUUGGCAGCACGUCACCAAUUCCCUGAAAGAAGGUGACAUCGACGCAGCGACCGAGCACAAGCACCAUCUGGAGGAGCGGCAGCGAGCGGAGGAGCGGCAACGUGCGGCUCUGACCACACCGUGGAAGCCAAAAUACUUUGCCAAAGAGGGCGAUGGUUGGCUGUACUUGAAUCCUCUCUGGAAGACCCACUGAUGGCAUAGAGCAGUUGCCUCAUACCUUUACCCUGAAGGCAUUGAAAUGAUGCAGUGUGUAACUCCAAGAUGUCUCUGAGUAGGUCCCAUUACCAGAAGAUACAGCCAAGAAGCUAUCUGCUGUGAAUGAUGCAUCUCUAAACACAUGAGCUCGAGUUUAUUCCAGAGCCAUGCUGUGUGUAUGGGUACAGCAACAGCACACACCCCCCCCACCCAGGUACACACAGUGUGCAGGUGGCUGUGUGUGCAUCAUUUACACUACACACAAACAAGUAUCGACACUACAGCGAUUUAAAGACCUUUAAGUGGUAGGGCAUGGAACUCUGGCUGGGGUUCCCUGAGUUGUGUGCUUGCAGGAUCAGGCCCUGUGCUAGGAUUUAAGGAAAUACUUUUUUUAUUAGUACUGGUUAAAGUUUUUCUAUUUUUCACUUUUGCCAAAAACGUUUUGCACUUACACCAGGACCUGUCACUUAAUGGCAGUCAUUCUGUCUGAGCAGUCCUUGAGCAACUCACUUUGACCUAGGAAUGAUACACUGACAGCACACUCACUCUUCAGGAUGCUGACUUCAGAGCAUGUUCCUGUCCCUUACGAGUGUGGAUAUUCUUGUAAGAAGUAGCAAUACCUUCCCAAGGACAUUGUUUGCACCAACCUUUUGUGUCCUCACUUCCUUGUGCUUUCAUACUUGCAGCUGCUGAAUAGAUCUGUGGGCAGCAGUGAGCCUGCUGCUCUGCUCAUCCUGAUCUUGCUGCGUCAUGCUCUGUCUACUGUCAUGCCCUGUCUACUGUCAUGCCAGUGCUUUUGGCUUACAUGGUCCACUAAAUCCCUUCUAGCAGAUGUAGCUGUGGUGUUCCAGCUCACUCUUGCCUCAGCUUUUCACCUCCAGGUAAGAGGUGUAGCAGGCUAUGAGGCUGUGCCUGAGGCACCUCCUGCCACAGCCUUGCCUUCUACAGCGCUGCUGAUGCGCUCAGGCUGAAAGGGGCUCUGCAUUGAAGCUGUGCGGUUGGGCAGGGAGUCCUGCAGAGAGGGACCCGAGGCUUUCCCACCAGCCAACAGGCAGGUUCUGUGCACUGCUCUGAGGGUGAGAGAGUUUGGCCACUCAGAGGCCUUAGGUUUCCAUUCAGGCUCCAAGCAGAUCUGCAUUUUGAUACCUUUUGCUUCUGGCAGUUGCUUGCUUCAAGAUCAAAUUCCUGGGUGGAUAGAGGUGAUAGAACUACCCUUCUAGAAAAGUAACUUUGGGAAAUCAUUACAAUAAACCCAUUAAUAAUUAAAACCUUCUAUUAGUGAAACAAACAACAUGAGAGAGAAUCUGUUCCGUGAAGGUAAAAAAAAGUAAACAAUCACUAGCUGAAGGUAACUACUGUGACACUAAGGUGGAUGCUAAAUGUGUGUUAAGGCUUUGCUGCUUUUUAGUUUGUCCGAAGAUCUUCCUGAGAAGAGGCAACAAAAGGUAAAUGUAAAAUGUGCUGCCUUCUGCUCAGUGCUUCCUUCCACAGCACCCCAUAAAGGCCCCACUACGUUUCUGCCAUACAGAAGCAUGGAUUGCCUACCUUUCUGUAGUACUGAUUGAUUUUGUGCCUUUUGUCUGCUUCCUUACCACAACACCUUGUGCUUUAUGGCUAUCACACAAGUACAUUUAGGUGAAAGCAAGACUUAACCUGUCCCUGAGCAUCCUGCAUUUCAUCGCUACUGUGUGGGUAAAUGGUAAAACCUCUCCAGUGACUCGGAAGGCUCAGCAGAAGUGUGUGCACAAGUGUGUGCACAAGGAACCAUGUCACUGGGCCCUUGUUUGGACAUAAUAAAUGGUAGAUCUUUACAUUUGAACUUCAGCAUCA